UGCCACGUGACGUCAUUUACAAACAUCACUUUAUUAUUAUUCUCUCCAUUUUGUGAAAUCAACUAUUCUCCAUAUUGAAAAAUUUCUCGUAGGAAUUCCUGAAAUAUUGCAAAUUAUCUUUAUAGAAGUUGAAGUUUUAGGAACAUAUAAGAAAUGGCUGUCAUUAUAAGGUUACAAAAUCUUCCACUAGCUGCUGAUUCAUUAGACAUUCGUGAGUUUUUCAAAGGUCUGAAAAUUCCAGAGGGUGGUGUACACAUCGUAGGUGGAGACAAUGGUGAUGCGUUCAUAGGUUUUGCCACGGAUGAGGAUGCUCGUCAAGCAAUGAAUCUCAAUAACAAAAAAAUUAGGGACGACAGAAUAAAGCUUUUAUUAUCCUCAAGGACGGAAAUGCAAAACGUCAUAUUAGCUGCAAGGGAACGUCAAGCAAAGUUGAUUGCUGCUGCCUUAAACAAUCCUAACGCCAAUGAAAAAGAUAUAAAAAAUAGUAAAGAUGAUAAGAGUCUGAGAGGUCACAGUGGCCAAAAAGAUAAAUACGCACACAGCAGUUCUAAAAAUAACGGUAAUAAAUCCAUCUCGCCUGACAAAUUUAGGAGACGGAAGUCAUCUAGGUCUCGUUCUCCUUCUAAAGAUAGGGAUAGAUAUAGAGAAAGAUCUUCACGACAUAGAUCUAGGUCUCGUUCUUCCAGCGUGGAAAGAAAGAAAUACAAAGAUAAUGUACAAGGGCGCGAAGUAAUUACUUCUAAGUACAAUGAUUAUAGAUCUAAAAAGUAUGAUAAGGAUCCUAUAAGUUACAUAACGUCGAGCUCUAAGAGUAACGAAGCCCACGAUAAAAGUAAUGUAAUUUCUCAAAGUGCAAAGAAUUCCAUUUCUGUUCCAAUAAAUUCUGCAUAUGCCCCCUCUCAGAGUGUCUACAAUACUCUUUCGAAACCUCCCAUGCCUUCUACGCAAUCUUUUAAUAUUCCUAAUGUCAACAAUUUAUUAAUCCCUAUUCAACCGAACUCCAGCAAUCUGCCAAUCCCUGUUCAACCGAAUUCCAGCAAUCUGCCAAUCCCUAUUCAACCAAAUGUUAAUAAUGGGUUAAUAACUAUUCAACCCAAUUUAAACGCACAAAUAAUUCCACCUUACUAUCCACCAAUUUCUACUCAAAAUAUUCCUUCGAUUAACAUGAUUUCUCCUCUAAUUAUGAAUCCUCCUUUUAAUCCCGCAUUAACAUUAAGUCAAAAUAAUUUAAUAUCAAAUCAACCAGGUCUAUUAAAUAAUUUCCAAUCAAACAUGUCUUACAAUAACUAUAAUUAUACGAGUCAAGAUCUUCCGAAUUUGGAACUUAAUAUGCCUUUGUUUUUUUAUGCAGAGAUUAAAAAUUUGCCAAUCAACUAUAGCGCUAGAGACGUCUGGCAGUUUUUCUCUGAUUGUGAUAUAACGGCGGACAAUAUGUUCCCAAUAAUGGAUGAUAUGAAUAUGCUAACGAAUCGUAUUAUGAUAAAAUUUAAUUCUGCACAUAGUUUUCAGCGAGCUAUUCAAAAGAAUGGCCUACAGUUUAUGGGUAAUCCCUUAGAGGUAGUACACUCCAACGAGCAAAUGUGGUUGAAAUGCAUGGCGGUCAAAAAUAAUAUAUCGAAUGUUAAUCGCGCCAAUCAAAACUCAUUACUAGGACCAUAUAACCAAGCGGUAUCCAAUAGGAAUAAUGUAUCUUAUACCACAAAUAUGAUUAAUAACAAUGAACCUUUUGUAAAUAAUGUUUUUACUCCAAAACCCGAUAAUAACAUAGGAUUUUGUGUCAGACUAAGAAAUUUAGCUUAUGAGGCCAAAUCACCAGAUAUUCAGAAUUUUUUCAAAGAUAUUCCUCUCAUUAAUUUGCACAUAGAACAAAAGGAAAAUGGUAGAAUCACUGGAGUGGCUUAUGCCGAAUUUUCAAAUAAAAACGAUUAUGAGUUUGCUUUACAAUUGCACAAAUCUAAUUUUUUCGAGAGAACCUUAUUUAUUGAGCCAAUAAAUAAAGCAGAAGUUGUUGAUUUAGUGAAAGAUAAUUUAAAGAUGAUCGCAAAAAGCAGCCAUAUGGGCACCUAUAAUAAACGAAAUUUUGAUAAAAACUUUAAUAACUCUCAUCCAAUAAUAUCGGCUAUUCAUAUUAAUGGUUUGCCAUAUACCGUCCGUAUAAAUGACUUAAUUAGUCACCUUUCUCGGUUCGGGUUUAACCCCAAAGAAAUACACAUUUUGAGAAAAAAUGGGAACCCUAUCGGCCAGGCGUUCGUUGAAUUUUUUAAUGGCAACGAUGUGCACAAAGCUAUAACCAGUUUGCAUGGUAGUUUUAUAAGACCUGAUGCCCCUUUAAAAGUUGUCAUAGCUUCUAAUCCCUUCGAAAUAAAUAUGUUUUUAAAACAGUUUGAUGUGGUAAAUUGGUUAGAUGAAUAUGAUCCGCCAUGUGAUACAGGGAAUGCCAAACCAAAUAAUUAUCCUAGAAACGAUGACCAAAGGAGUAAAUCUUAUGUACCUCGAAGGAACACGCCUGGAGAUAUUGCCGUAAAUAAUUUUUCAAACCCUUCACUUCUACAAAAUCGAUCAAGAGCUUCUCGUAUAAAAAUUACUAAUAUACCAGAAGAUGCUUGCGCUGAUGAUAUUAUAGAUUUGUUUAAAUCAUACAAUUGCUUGGCACAAUCAAUACAUAUGGUCCAUUCACCUAGUGGUAAACCUAUAGGAGAAGCCAUUUUAGCGUUUCCCACUUCUGCUUUAGCACAAAAAGCUUUAGAAGGUAUGAAUGAUAAACCUUAUAAAAAUAAGAAAUUGCAUAUUGUUAUUCACAUUUAAAUAUUUUACUAUGAUUAUAAUAUAUAUUUGUAAUUUUUAUUUAUAAUAUAUUUUAGAAUUAGUAUUUAAUUUAUAAUAAAAAA